AUGGUGGCUACAGCACUUUACGCGGCUCUAAAUGGACUGUCCAAGACGGACCCACAGCAGUGGCUGCAACGCCCCAAGAUAAGCAUGCCGUGGCAGAUCGCUCACUCAGCCCUCGGGGGUGACGGUUUCAGUCUCCAGCCUCAGCAGCACGGUGAUGUCCUCCGUGCCCGAAUCGGACGCCGAAGACACGCAGGCCGGCACUUCGGCGCGAACGGAAGAGAGGCGCUCUCGGAGCCGCACCAGGACUCCUUCGGGGAGCCCAAGGAGGAAGGCGGCAAGCCCCCGCAGAGCCAGUCCCGUCAAGCGACGGUCGGAACGGACUCGGAGCGGCGCCUCAGCCUCCGCAAGGAAGAAGGCGAGGUCUCCGAGUCGGGACCAGAGCCCGGCCAAGAGGUCUUCCCGGAGUCCGGUCAAGAGGUCUGCCCGGAAGUCGUCCGGCAGCAGCCCGACCAAGAAGGCCAAGAAGGCCGCCACCCCGCGGCGACAGUCCAGGUCUCGAUCGCGAACCGGCAAGAGGAGCGUCAGCCCGGCCCACCGGCAGCAGGGGUGCACUUCGCCCCACUCCAGCAGGCCGGGGCCGCGGGCUGCUGGCGGACCAGCCUGCGCGCCCUCUUCUGGAUGCUACUAACGCCUCUGCUCACCGUGCUCCUCUACCUGCUCUGCAACCAGCAACGCUGCACGAUCCUGCAAGCGCCCGCGUUGCCGAAAGGCCAGGGCCCCCUGCUGCGCUGGAAGCUGUUCGUCGCCUACGCUCUGUUCCUCCUGGGCCAGGCGACGCUGCAGGCGGUUCCACUGGGGCGCGUCGUGCACGGCUUCCCGUCCAAGCUGUUCGUGGGCCACGUGACCUACAAGCACCGCCUCAACGGCUGGGUGAACCUGGUGGGCACCGCCAUGGUGUUCGGAGUGCUCCUCUACUGGCGCUUCCCCAUGACGAUACCGUACCGGUACAGCCUGCACCUCCUCCUGACGGCGCUGGCCACGUCGGCGGUCCUCUCGGCGCUGCUCUACGUCAAGGGGCGGACGGCGCGGCGCGACCACCGUCACCCUGCCGGCAACACCGGGAACGUGCUCCACGACUUCGUGUUCGGCCGGGAGUUGUCCCCACGCAUCGGCGAGCUUUACGACCUGGCCACCCUCUCGUUCCGUUGCGGCCUCCUCGGAUGGGCGGUACUCCUGGGCUCCAUGGCCUGGCACGAGUAUAGGCAGCAUAACGGCAUCGACAGAGCCUUCGCGUUGAGCGCCGGCUGCCAGCUCCUGUACAUUUGCUUCGUAGUCCUACACGAGGAGUACUUCCUGUCCUCGGUGUUUGUGACCGAGGACGCCCUGGGCUACGUGGCGAUGACCAGCAACCUGGUGGCCAUGCCUUUCCUGGGCGCGCUGCCGGCCAAGUUCUUGCUCGAGCACCGCCAGGGCCUGGCCCCGCACCGCCUCGCCACCAUCUUGGCGCUCUUCGCGACUGGCCUCGCCAUUCUACACCUUUCUCAGAAGAGCAAGUACGCCUUUCGGCGGAACUGGCCGGACUCUGCUCCGAGGGGACAAGGGUUGGACUUCGUGGCGGACAGCGCGGGCAACCGGCUGCUCGUCUCCGGACUGUGGGGCCUCGUGCGCCACCCAAACUACUUGGGCGACCUAGUCUGCACCCUGGCCUUCGCCUUGCCGUGCGGCUUCGGCCACGUACUGCCGUACUACCACCUGCUGCUGUGCCUGCUGUUCCUGGCGGCCCGCGCGGCUGAAGUGGAGGCGAGGUGCCGGCAGCGCUACGGGGACAUCUGGCUGCGCUACGCCCACCGGGUCAAGUACCGCCUCCUGCCGGGCGUCUACUGAGGCCGUCGACCAAACAACAUUCGGGUUAACGUGCGUGAAAAAGAAAAAGGAGGAACAAAAACGCUUCUUUUGGAAUGUCUCAUUUAGUAUGCGAGCGGACGCCGAUUUCCUAUUAUGUAUUUCAUUGCGUGCACGUAAGGAAGAUUUUUCAUUUCAAAUAAACAAAAAUGUGGAAGGUAGGCCAGCCUUUCUUAGCUAACUAGGCACGGAGGCGAACUCGGAUAGGCCAAUCUCACUAACUGUUCCACGCAGGCGUGGCGCCACCGUAACUGUAGUGCACG